AUGUCGGCAGUGACAGAUUCCUUCACAAGUCACACGACCGGCUCGCUGCUGGCUGUGGCAGGGGCAGGCUUAGCUAACAUUGCUGUCGUGCAAAGUCUGGAGGCUGCGCCCUUUGCGACGGCUCUCGUCCCCACCGACGAGGAUCAAGCGCUGGUACAGGCCUGUUGCUUCCUCCACGCCAGCUUUGCUCAUGUUUUGGCGGCCGCCCAUGCGACUGCGCUGCUUCUCUACGACCUGCGUAAGGGCUCCGGCGGCGGCGGCGUGGCAGCGGAGCACGAGCAUGCGCUGACUGCAGCGGUGACGGCCAUCUGUCCGCACCGCCAGGAGGGUGUGCUGCUGCUCGGGGGCCACGGCAAGGUGCAGAUCCUUCAGGUGCGACAUGGCUUGAAGUGCAGCGCACUGGCUGAGCUGGCGUUGGGAGCGGAUGUGCCCAUGUGGCUGAGAGAUGAGACAUCACAAGGCUUCAAUGCCAUGAGCCAAAGUGCAACAAACCAAAGGCCUGAUCACGGUGUCUUGGCGCUUGCUGCUGCUUCAUGUAAAGUCCGGGGUCCAGCAGGCUUGGGCUUGCACGGCACUGCAGCGGUGGCCGUGUCUUCUGAAGCGCUCUUUGCUGUCCUGGGCCAUGAGCAAACUGCGGAACGCCUUUGCACCUUGCCUGCUUUGGGUGCUGCGAGCGCUGUGGUGGAGAGCACAGGUGGCGCUGUGCUGCUGGCUGUUGGGCAUGCCUUUGACACCGGGGGCGAGCUGCUUAGGCUCUCCUGGCCAGAGCUGCAAGUGGCCCAAUUGGGGGAGGAGGAAAGGCAUGCCAUUCACACCACGGCUCUGUCAUCCUUGCUGCAAGAUGUUCAGGUGCCGUGUUCGUCUUGCGCCGGGCGAGCGGGGAUUCUGCCGCACCGGCAGAUCCAGCGAUUUGUCGCGGGCUAA